UCCACCAGAACAUGGAAUGCAAUGAUGAGGUGGUGAAGAUGAUAGUUCCAUCAUCACAACUCAACAAUGUUGAUGUUUCCGGCAACGGCGACAAGGAGUACUCUUUUCCGGAAGAGAUAGAGACUUUCUACGUCAAACUCACCGACUUGUUAAACUCUUCUGGACUCACUCUCAUUUUAAAUGUCCGAGAAACAUCCUUAGACUUGUUCAAGUUUUACUUGGAGGUUGUUAGAAGAGGAGGUUAUAAACAGGUUGGUAAACAAAAGCAAUGGGGUGAAGUUGUUUCAGCUUUAAAACUGGAAGGAAACAAUGCAAUGUUACUAUCUCAAAUUAAAAAGCUCUAUGCAAAUCUUCUAUACAAAUUUGAGAAAAUUUACUUCUACCGGUUUCGAGCAACUCAAACUACAACUGACACCACUAUAGCAUUACAUGAAGGGCUUCUACAAGCAUCGUCGAAUGACAAAGAAAAGAAGAAGUCGCGAGGUGUUCCAAGGGGAGCUAAUGGAUAUCAAAUAUUCCUCAAGCACGAAUGUGCCCGAUUAAAAGCUUGUCGUCAGGACAUAUAUGGCAAAGCAAUCCUGCACGCGGCUGUCAAAGGAUGGAAUAAUUUGUCAGUCAUUGAUAAACAGCCAUAUGUGGAGGAAAGCAAGAAGCUAAAGGAAGCAAUGAUUGUUAAUGAUAAUAAACAUAAGAUCACUCAAGAUCUUAAAGGGAAAGAAAAGAUGCCUAGUAUUUGUGGUGAUUACACUUGUGUAACUUCACAACCUCAAGAAAGUUACUCUUAUGGUAAUGAUGCAGCAUUGGACUUGGCUUUUAAGAUUACAGAAAAGACAUCCAUGGAUCCCUUCUUUCUAUGUGAUUUGGAUGCUUAUCGUUCGGGUGAUUUGCUAACUGUAAUACCCACUGGAGAAUCCAAAUGACUAUACUAGUUAUUGGCAAGUCUUUUUUGGUUUUUGAGGCAAUGCUAUUGCCUAUGCAUCUAAUGCCAAGCUGCUAUAUGUAUAUAUUGUUUUGAAACAGCAGCAACCAAUGUUUGUACUAUUAUGUAUAUAAACCAAAUGUAUAUAAAAAAGUGUUG